AGGAAAGCGAAAAAAGUAUUUGCUAGUGCCAUCGAAAAUACCUUUCCCUCCUCGUCCACAAGUACGAAGGGCAAUAGAUUAUUUUUCCUUGAUACUUUUACUUUUGGUUUUCUAUUUUCAUUUUUCCGCUGAAAAUUAUCUUCGUGUAGUUGCGUAGUGUCAAUAACAUUCUCUCCGCCUCUGUGUUUGCUUGCGGUGUGUUUAUCUGUAUCCGUACUCUUUCCUGAGAUUUUACACCUCAAAAGAACAUACUCCUAAGUAAGCGCAAUUUUUCAACCCCCAUUUCUCCUCAUCGAUUGAGAGCCCUCUCCCCUUGAAUAAAGCCAACCGAAAGCCAUGUUUUUGAAUGUCAACGCCGUCCGGAGGGCAGGAGCAGGUCUGGAAGAAGAUUUAGAUGCCUUGCUGCCUCCUGGAGGCGAACAAGGGAAUCUGAAUCGAGAGAACAAUAAUCCGAACGAUAAUGUCAUCAAUUUGUGGCCUGGCGGGAGAGGAGGCCCGGCGGCGAUGUUAAAUGCAGAUAACCAUAAUCUGCAAAUGAACGCUAACCCAAAUAACAACGCGAACCCGCCACGGCAACAGCAGCAACUACAGCAAAACCAGGCAGCCGCGGAUGUCAUGGCCCAGCCACGGGACCCGCCGUCCCCUAUUGUGCGGCGGACGACCCGGGGAGAAAACACCGGGGAGCCGACCGGGCAGGCAGUCUGGGAAAUCCUAAACCAGCUCUACGACGAGGAGAGGCGGAAAGUCGAGGGCAAAGCGCAUCGCAGGUUCCACAAGUACUGCGUCAACGCCUGGGAGUUCGCCGUGCGGAAAUCUAUUUCGGUGAAAAUGGCAUCGUCCUCUUUGCUCUCGAGCAACCAAAAGAGUAGAGCGAGAGCUGCGAGUCUUAGCGGUCGGACAUCAAGCAUGAUUUCCUCAACAUCUACUUUAAGCUCGAGCACAACUGUAGUUCUCACGGGUGCCGGAACUGGAGCGGCGCCAACGCCUUUGGUCGAACCUCCACACGACCAGAUGAACAAUAACGCAGCCCGUCCCGGCGCAAAUAAUAGCACAGCAAAUCCACGUGGUGUUGACGCGACAGCAUCAGUAACCAGUGUAACUGCAGAACCCGCCCCGGUAUCCAUGAUGUGGAACGUCCAGCGGCUGGAUGUCGGGGUGAAAGAGAACAUUGUUUCCUUCAUGCAGAUAUGCAUUGCAAAAGUAUCGUACUCGUAUAAAUGCAAGUCUUGCAUUACAAAUCUUGUCUCCAAGGCAAAUCUGCAUGCAGAUUUUAUUUCUCAUGCUGGGGAAAUUUGUAAUGCAUUUGUACGAGUGCGAUGCUUUUGCAGUGCAUAGCAGACCGAAGCGGAGCAGCCGCCCUUUUUCAACGCGCGAAUGGCCGGCGAUUUGACCGCCGACCUGCGCCGCCCGCACCAAACGCAGCAGCUCAAAAUGAUUCUGGAUAAGGUAAGUACAUUCUUUUUUUGCUGUGUGUUGGUACUUUAGGCUGCAUGUCUCGUUUCCAAAGAAAAAGGUGCACUCCCUCGUACUACCGUCGUGUUAAACAUGAAGUAGAUGUUGAAGAAUGAAUUUGAGUGUAGAGAUGCGACGUGCCGCUUCUCACAUACUAAGUCUGCACGGUUCGAUGUUUCGCUGCACAUAUAAGAACUCAAACACCAUCAAUCGCAUAUUAUGCAGAUUCGCGAGUCCGCCCGCACGGGGCACCAGCACGUGGAGCUGAAGCCGGAUUUCUGGGCCCGGGAGGCCUGCCGCGGAACCGGGUGGUGCUACCCUUUUCCGGUGACGGAGCUGGAAACUUUAGGUUUCGCGGUAGAGGAGCAGAAGCAGGAGCCCGCCGGCGGCGCGAAGGGCGUGCAGCAGCAGCGUCACGACUGGAAAACGCGUACGUGGAAGUGCAGCUGGACGCCGGCGCCGGUCAACGUUUUGCAAGCGGGGGCGGGCGGCCCCGUGAUUGGCCACCAAGUGGACCAGAACGCAGCGAGACGGCAGCUCUGAGAGCGGUGCAGUACUAGUCUGUUGUUUUUAAUCUAGGUUAAUGUGCAGAAGAGACUAAUCUAAUUCACAUUUCUGCACCUGCAGCUGAGCUUACUACAACUCUUGCAAAGAUUAAGGCUGUUACAGAUCACAUGAGGACGAUUGUAAGUAAACUGUGUAUGACGAUGAGUUCUUCAGCGGAGUCUGCUUUUGCAAUUAGAAACGGCUUGUGAUUGAGACUAGACCAGGGAAAUCUGCCCCAAAGUAGAUGAUACCGUGAUGGAAAAAGUUAUGCUUUUCGAAGAAAGGAUGAAAAAAAAAGACUCGACAAAAAAUUCAAUAUCAGAAACGCCAAAUGGCCGAUGUUCAACAUUCUAGUUAGCGCUAUUGCGAUGGCUCAUUCAGCUGGUUAAGAGAUGAUAGCCAUAGCUGCAAGUAGUUUACGG